GCUUGGUUAUUAUGAACCUAUAUAUGAUAACCAUUGUGAUACUAAAUACUACUACUAGUAGUAUUCAAAACUAGUGAGGGGAAGACUCUUCUUGAUAUUGAUAAAUGGAUGAAAGAGAAAUUUUGAGGGAAACUUUGCUAUCCCAAGAACCAGAUUUUCCUUCUUCUCUCAUCACUUAUUUAUACAUUGGUCACUUUUUAGCUAGAUGGGGUUCAAGAAUGUGGGAAUUUUCUGUUGGUUUAUAUAUGAUCAGUAUUUGGCCAGACUCACUGCUAUAUGCAGCAAUCUAUGGUGCUGUUGAAUCUGCUUCCAUUGCAUUGUUUGGUCCAAUAAUUGGAACUUGGGUUGAUAAAUUGACUUAUCAAAAGGUUUUGAAAUUAUGGUUGGUGACACAAAAUCUCUCUUUUAUUAUUGCCGGUGCCACUGUCGUUGCCUUACUUGUUUACUCAUCUUUGAAGUUUACAAAUUUCCCAAUUUUCUUACUCUUGGUGGUGAUAAUCAAUAUCUGUGGUGGAAUUGGAGUACUUUCAACUCUUGCUGGUACUAUCCUCAUAGAAAGAGAAUGGUUGUUGGUUAUAUCCGAAGGUCAAUCGUCCGAACUGCUGACAGAGAUGAAUUCGGUUACGAGACGAAUUGAUCUAACCUGCAAGUUACUUGCACCUGUUAUAACUGGUUUCAUAAUAAGUUUUGUAUCACUUAAAGCAUCAGCUAUAACUCUAGCACUUUGGAAUGGUGUUUCUGUUUGGGUGGAAUAUUGGCUUUUUACAUCUGUGUAUAAUGGAAUUCCAGCUUUGUGCCAAAGUAGCCAAAGGAGAAUGGAAAGGCUUUCGUUGCAAAGUGAUAUUGAAAGGAACAAUUCAACUUCUGAGGGAGAUAGUUUGCUUAAUGUUACCGGUGACGGUGAUAGCUCGGAAUUGGCAGAUGGAAAAGGCAGGAAAACAAUUUCUGAGUGGAUUUCGAAAAUCUCUUACGUUGAUGCUUGGAGAGUUUAUUUGCAGCAAGAAGUGGUCCUUCCCGGACUAGCCCUGGCUUUGCUAUUUUUCACUGUACUCAGCUUUGGAACUUUGAUGACAGCCACCUUAGAAUGGGAAGGUAUACCUGCAUAUGUUAUUGGAAUAGCACGAGGAAUAAGCGCUGUAAUUGGAAUAGCCGCAACAGUUUUAUAUCCUGUACUACAGUUUCAUAUAUCAGCUAUUAGAACUGGACUAUGGUCAAUCUGGUCUCAGUGGACCUGCCUCCUACCUUGUUUAGCUGCAAUAUGGAUCUAUAAUGGAAUUCUAUCCUCGUAUAUUUUGAUGGGAAGCGUCGCAAUAUCUCGGCUUGGACUGUGGAUGUUUGACUUAUCUGUACUUCAACAAAUGCAGAAUCUUGUUCCUGAAUCGGAUCGUUUGAUUGUUGGAGGUGUUCAGAAUUCACUUCAGGCCUCUAUGGAUUUAUUGGCCUAUGUUAUGGGAAUCAUAAUAUCUGAUCCGCGGGAGUUUUGGAAGUUGAGUUUAUUAUCAUUUCUGGCAGUCACAUUAGCUGCAUUUCUCUACUGCAUCCAUGUGUUCCGCGUACGGAAGCAUAUCUUUCACUUUGACAAACUAUUUUGUUGUAAUUCUUCUGCACGAGUAUCGUAAGUUGUGGGACGAACCAAGGCCAGUUGAGGUCUAAAGAUCGGUGUGGUGUCAAAGUGAACAAAUCGUAAGAUGUGUACAAAUUUUGUUGGACAUCAGAGUGAAGGUGAAACCGUAAAAGUAAUAGGCUGAGUAUGGUGGUCUUGAGGUCCUAUAGUAAGGGUUUGUCCCGCCUUAUGCUAGAGGCGCAGUGCCUAUUGUGAAGCCUAAUUCUUGUAUUCACUUUUGAUACCAUUUAGAUAAAUUAAUAUCUGCAUAAUGGUAAAGGAAUGGUAGUCUUUAGUGUGCUUAGUUGUGGGAUUUGAUAACUUGUGUAUGCUUUUGUUUAGGCAUUUUGUGUUGAUCAUCAUGGUCAUUGUUGCUGCUAUUGAUGGAUAUAUUGAGAUUGAUAAUGUAUUGGAGAAAAAGUAAAGAGGUUUUCGGACAAUCGUAUUUAUGCAGUUGUUUACACCGAUUUUUGGUAAUGUAAACAACCGCUAUCCAUAAACACUUUGGGACCGGAUAGAAGUCCUUUUACAGUAUUCGUUCA